GCGAAGAGACGCGUGACCGUGCUAAAUCUGAAGGCAGGUAAAAGCAACAAACUAACUUUGAACAUACCAUCCAUCAUCCCCAAACCCACCCGCACCAACUAUCAUUUCCAUUUCCCCCUUCAAACCCCAUUUUGAUUCCACAAUUUUCUCCUCCUACCAGCUCUCCAAAUUCUCCUUCCCCUUCACAACUCUUCAUACAUACGAUACAUGUCUUUCUACAGUUGUUGAAGGAAAAAAAAAUAUGGCGAUAAUCGGAGAAGCACUCCGGCAAGCGUUUAUGCCGAAGCACGAAUACGAGUGUCUUCGUGAGGAAGACAAGGCAUUUAAUCGUCUUCAAAGGCCGUUUGUGAUCUGCAGUUUAACCCUAAUAUCACUUGCUAUUAUUGUCUGUACUAUAAUCAGCUUGAAAAUAGUGUUUCCUGUCGAUCCUGCCCGCCGGCCUUUCUGUGGUGACUAUCGUAUUCAGCCGCUUUCGAUUAAUUUUACUAAUAUAGCUGCUAGUGGUUCUGAAGGUGGUGGUGGUGGUACUGGUACUGGUACUGCUGGUGAUUCGGAUAGUUUUCCUGGUGCGUUUUACCUAACGAAUCAGGAGAUUGUGGAUUACUAUUGGAUGGUUGUGUUCAUUCCUUCAACGUUCAUUUUUGCGGUAUCGGCAGUGUAUCUAAUUGCAGGUAUUAUGGUCGCGUAUGCUGCUCCGAUGAGACAUGGAUGCUUGAAGGUUGUUGAGAAUAACUAUUGUGCUUCCAGAAGGGGUGGAGUGCGCUGUCUAUCAAUUCUCAAUGUUGCUUUUGCUAUCGUAUUUGGUCUGCUUGCACUGUUUCUUGGUUCUACCCUUCUCACUUUGGGGAGCAGCUGCUCAGCACCCUUGUUUUGGUGUUACGAGAUUGCUUCAUGGGGGCUGGUGAUUCUAUAUGGAGGGACUGCUUUCUUUCUAAGAAGAAAAGCUGCUGUAAUUCUUGAUGAAAGUGACUUCAGUGGGCGCAAUCUUGGAGUAGAAAUGCUUGAAGCAAAUCCAAUGGAAGUCACACCAGAUGUAGAGAGACGUGUGAAUGAAAGUUUCAAGGCAUGGAUGGGUCCUUCUUUCUUGUCCUCGGAUGAGGAGGAUGAAUCUGAUAACUACCAGGAAGUUCCAGCUUUAUCUCGUACCAUCUCUAGCCGGCUAAGACAAUAAUAUGAAGUUUCCUCCUGUUGGAUGCCUCGAGCAGUGAAUGAAAUAUUGUGGAAGGUCUAACUUGUGAUAUCUUACCCAAUCGCUUGCAUAGCAGAACUUUUGAACUGAGCAUGAGUGCUGCAGCAUCGGUUCAUUUUGGUAGAGUUUCAGGUUUUGUAUAGUUAGUAUGAGGGAACAUUGAUUUUCUCGGUGGUGGAAGGCUGGUAAAGUUGGAAGGAGAAGCAUGUAGGAACCUCUCAGUAAUUGAUUUGGAGUAGACUAACUAAUGCACGAUUCAUAGUAUUCCUAUGAGCGUUGCUUAGUUGUUGAUACUGAAUUUUGGAGUAGUUCCUUGUAGUUGUCUUGUCCUCGUACCACUUGAUAUAUAAGUGUUGACAUCUAGAACGAGCACAAAUUAGUGUAUAGCAUCUAUUUUUGGAUGAUAUACAACACAGUUAAAGUGAUACAAAAAAUAUACGUAUCAUGUUUUA